AUGGAGGUGGAGGCGGCGGCGGGCGCUAGCGAGCAGGGUUGGGGGUUGGCACCGACGGGGGGAGGGGAGAGGGAGCGAGCGAGCGAGCGGGGCGCAGGGGUGAGGAUUUCCUAGGGGCUGAGCGGUGCGGGCGGCUCCGUGAGAAAGGCGGACUUUCAGCUGAACUCUCAUCUCUCAACACUGGCAAAUAUUCAUAAGAUCUACCACACCCUUAAUAAGCUAAAUCUAACAGAAGACGUUGGCCAAGACGAUCACCAAACAGGAAGUCUGCGGUCUUGCAGUUCUUCAGACUGCUUUAGUAAAGUGAUGCCGCCGAGGAAAAAGAGGAGACCUGCUUCUGGAGAUGAUCUCUCUGCCAAGAAAAGUAGACACGAUAGCAUGUAUAGAAAAUAUGAUUCAACUAGAAUAAAGACUGAAGAAGAAGCCUUUUCAAGUAAGAGGUGCUUAGAAUGGUUCUAUGAAUAUGCAGGUACUGAUGAUGUUGUAGGUCCUGAGGGCAUGGAGAAAUUCUGUGAAGACAUUGGUGUCGAGCCAGAAAAUGUAGUUAUGCUUGUCCUAGCUUGGAAAUUGGAUGCACAAAAUAUGGGUUAUUUUACUCUACAGGAAUGGUUAAAAGGAAUGACUUCUCUACAAUGUGAUACAACAGAAAAACUCAGAAAUACUUUGGAUUACUUAAGAUCAUUAUUAAAUGAUUCUACAAACUUUAAACUUAUUUACAGAUAUGCAUUUGACUUUGCACGGGAAAAGGACCAGCGAAGCCUAGACAUAAACACUGCCAAGUGCAUGUUGGGACUGUUACUAGGAAAAAUCUGGCCCCUUUUUCCAGUUUUUCACCAGUUCUUAGAGCAAUCAAAAUAUAAAGUUAUUAAUAAAGACCAGUGGUGCAAUGUGCUAGAGUUUAGCAGAACAAUUAACCUUGACCUCAGCAACUAUGAUGAAGAUGGAGCGUGGCCAGUUUUGUUGGACGAGUUUGUGGAGUGGUAUAAAGACAAACAGAUGUCCUAGGACUUUAUGCAUAGCAGCGAGAGAGUCACUGUUACCACAGUUAUGUCAACCAUUAGCCAUAAAUUGCUGUUUGUACCCAAG